ACACUUUUGGACGUAAAGGAAAACAAGAUUCUAACUGUUGAGCGCAGAAUUGGGAGAGGAGGGGAAAACAUCUUGGCUUGUGUGGAUGGUCUGGAGCCUUUGGCCGAGGAAGCUGAGCGAGAAAUAGUUGAGUCAGUCCCAGAGCCAAGAGAUGGAGUUAGUCUAUAGAAGAUGUCUUCAAGGCAAUCCUGAAGUAUGCAGUCAGCCUCCACGCAGUCAAAAUCUUCCUUGGGUUGCUGACCAGAGGCAACAGGAAAAGCAUAUUCCUCAUGGUAAACCCAGCAGCAAUGAAAGCGGCAAGGAACAGGCGAGCGAAGUCCACGAGAAGAGUGCCCGAUCAGCGACCAACAACCACCAACACGAGCGGAAAGAUAACUGUUCCGGUAAUGAUCGAGUGAAAGCUGCAAAAAGCAAAGUUCACCCGAGGGAGAAUAAAGAACACCCAGUCCAUGAUGGUAAAAAGUUCAGUCCUCUUAAGAAAGCUGUCAAAUCCUGCAGUGAUUCUUCACACAAGAACCAAGAAAGCACCACAGUUAAACCUUUAGCUGCCUGGAACUCUGAGCAGGCCACUUCUCAGCUGCUCGAUCCAAAUGUGUUGCCAAAAGAUUCUUCUACACUGCCAAGUUCAUCGCUAUCAAAGAAGGAAGAAAAAUCAGAAACUCGGGUGAAAAAGAUUCUGCCACAGUCCAUGGAGAAAAAGGCUCAGGGAACAAGUUUUACUGCACAAGUCCCUGUCCGACUUACCCCAAGGAUUGAUGGAGUUGGUCGAACAUCAGGAAGUUUCAUUGCCCUGCGGAAUGAUCCUUUGACGAACGCACCCAUCGUGAAGAGUAAAUCGAUUGACCCUAGGUCUUCUGAGCCAGCCGUGAAAAAGCAAAAAACACAACAGAAAGCGAUCUCCGCAAUUCCUGGCACGACAAUCCAGCAGAGUGCAGGAAAAGACCUGCAAAACCUUGACCAUAUAGGAAAGAAGGCACCUUGUCCACCCACCUGCUCAGAUGAUGAGAUUAGUGAAGAUGAUAUAUUCCGAGAAAUACCGGAACGGUAUUCAGACAAGAUGAGCAAAAUGAAGGAGAAAGCAAGUGUCAGGUUUAAAGGAGAACAAUUGCCAUUGAAUGAUGUUCCUUCUAAAGAUAAUAAGAAACAUUCUCACAAGAACAGUGGACAUACCAAGGAAGCCAGCCCCCACCACAGCAGAGACCUUAAAUCUCACAGUACCCCACCAGCUGGCUACAAGGUUAGUAAGGCUGGCAAGGACAUUCUUGUAAAGGGGCACUCCAGCUCAAAUGCCAUUUCUGAAAAGGAUGGACCAAAGAAUCCAAUACACACAGAUCCACGCUCUGCUUUAAUUCUGGCAAAAAGGGACAAACUGAUGAAGAUGGUGUCAAGCCCCUUGAGUAGCGUUGGAGCUGAAUUCAUCCAGACCUACAGAUUGGACUGUGAGACCUUUGCCAUUGUAGCAAAGCAACUGGUCAGCCAAGAUCCCACAAUAGAGAAGCAGGUCCAGUUAGCUCUCAGGAAAAGUCUGCAGCUGAUUGGUGAGCGAUGUCUGGGAGAACUGAAGAAAAGUAUCGCAAAGUACGAUGAAGCAAAUGCAGUGAAGAAAUCAAAAUGAGUGUUACUGUAAAGACUUGCAACCAAGUGUUCACAUCAAAUUUUGGCAUUUACCUGGUGGCUUUCUCUGCCAAAAUUUAUUCUCCUUCCUUUCCCUUCUGAAGGUUUUGGGGGGGAGAAAUUUGAUCGUGCAGCAUCUAUGUCGACUUGCGUUGAUUUCCCUGGGGGUGGGGGCAGUGCCGUGAGCCAUGGAGGUAGCGCUCCGAUACGCUUUGUACACUUUAUGUACAUUUUAAAUGCAGCCAUUUCAUGGGGCUGUUGGAAAUUUGUAAAUGGAAAAUUGUAACAGAGGCAGGAGUUAGAGCUCCUUAGCUUUCAAUUAAAGUGCAUUAUGAUGAAAGAAAAAUCGACAUUGCAAUGGGUGACAUCCUGAGUUGUCUUAUCUUUUCAGAAAAGAUCACUUUUCAGUUGUUCAUCCUUAUGUAUAAAAAGUUGGAGAGAAUUUGCAGUGCAGCAAGUGAAGCAUUGUGCAGAGGUGUUAACAGGGUCAUGCAGAAGAAACAGACACACAAUUAGGGUCCAGGCCUUUGGUAGUUGAGCAAGUGUCGACAAAAGUUCAAGAAAUGAUUCCUACCUGUUGUGAGUUAAAAUUGCGCUGUAUGUUCAUGUCUUCCAGUGUGUAGUUUGGAUAGAAUUGCAAAAGUUUUUAAUUCCCCGCCAUUAUUGUUGCAAAAAAUAAAGCUUUUUUUCAAAAAUGUGUUAAAUGAUUAUCAAA